AUGUCACAACAGCCGGUUAGACACGAGGCUUCACCUCAACCUCAGCCUCGCGAACCUACCAAGCCUAAACCGCCAUUCGACAUUGACAACUAUCUCAAUCCUUACAUUCCUCGUUCGCCGUUAUACCUACUCCCAACAUCAGUUUCACAUUUUCUCGGUCAUCGACCACCACGGACCCCUACACGGCGUCCUCCAGUACUUCACCGCUAUCACAAUGUGAUAGUGUAUCUGUCGAUAUUUAUCGGCACAUUUUGUGGCCUGUCAAUCAUUGAAAAUACGUUCCUCGCCCUUCCGCCGCUUUCCGGUCAUGCGGUGCCCAUCAUCAUUGCCUCUUUUGGUGCUGCUGCGAUUCUUGAAUAUAACAGUAUAGAGUCGCCGCUUGCUCAACCACGGAAUCUAGUUUUUGGCCAUUUUUUCUCGGCUGUCGUCGCUGUUUCAAUUACUAAGCUUUUUGAACACCUUCCACCACACCGCUUCGAAGACUUACGAUGGCUCUCGGGCGCCAUCUCAGUUGCGGUUGCGAGUCUUAUCAUGAGUGCCACAAAGACUGUCCACCCUCCUGCUGGCGCUACCGCGCUGCUGGCAUCUACAAGUGUGGAAAUUCAAGUUCUCGGCUGGUGGCUCUUGCCUCUCGUGCUAUUAGCGGCCAUGCUCAUGCUUACAAGUGCAAUGCUUCUAAACAACAUGGCUGGCAGGCGGUAUCCCGUCUAUUGGUGGACACCUGUAGACCUCAAAGCUUUGAGGGAAGAGCAACGUAGAGAAAAGGCGGGCAAGCAGGGAUUAGACGUUGAAAAGGCAACAACACCAACAGCCCCGGAGGCCAACAAAGCAGAGACGAUCUCUGACGAAGACACAGAAGCUGGUUCCAGCAUUGGAGAUAUCCGCAAGAUGAGCAAUCAAGAUACCGAUCGCCUAGAGCGAACGGUAACCUAUACUUCAGCCUCGAGAACUCCACACCCUGGGCAGUCCCUGUCUCGGAAAGCCUCUAAACCGGAGCACGGCUGUCCGACCAAAGCAAGCCGAAGAGAAGAUGCCGAAGAGGAAGAGAAGAGUGACAGGAUCAUCAUUACCAGAAGUGAGAUCAUCACGCCUGAAUGGCUACAGCUGAAUGACUGGGAAGAUGAAGUCCUGAGAAUUCUGAUGGAGAGGUUGAGGGAUACGUGA